UUUGGGUGGAGCUCUAUCGUCUCCCGCAUUAAGCUGAGUUUAAAAAGAGCUGUCAAGACGUCCGCCAUUGUAUUUGAAACAUCCACACAUAAAGAAACUUUACAGCAGAUUAUUACUAGAUAAGAAUGAAGGAAUUAACAUUGGAGAGCGACUAUAAAGAUAUCUGUAAAUCUGCAGGUAAUCGCUUAUUGGUUCUACAAUUUGGAGCUAGUUGGUGCGGUCCUUGUCGAAUGAUGGCACCCUACUUAAAUAAACUAGAAGCAGAAUAUGAAGGUACAGUUGUUUUCGCCAAGGUUGAUGUUGAUGAGCUGUCGGAUCUAGCCGAAGAAGAGGGUAUUGAGUGUAUGCCGACCUUUAUACUGUAUAAAGACAAUAGCAAGAUCAGUGUGAUGCCCGGUGCCAAUAAAGAGAAACUGAAACAGCUUAUAGAUGAAAAUAAGUAGAUGAAUAAGCCAUAUAUAGGGUGUUAAUUUGAAUGUGAAACGUGUAAAUGGCUUCAUUUGAUAAGGAAUUUAUAAAUGUCGUGACUUUGGUUUUGUCAAUUUUGUCGACCUGGAUGCACAUAUCUUCGUUUAAAAUGUAUCAAAAUGUUGUGACUUUGUUUUUGUUCAUUUUGUCGGUCUGGAUAAGGAAGACAGUUGGGGUCAAUAAAUUGAAAAAAAAAUUUGAUUACUAAAAACGGUAUAUGGUGACCCUGAAAUUACGAGUUUGUUUGACUGACCCUAAUUGUCUUCCGUUUCGAUGUACAGUUACAGGAUAACAUAAUUAGUCGGGUUAUCCAUACAAUAUCGGUCGUCAUACAUAGUCGUUAGAAUGUACAUGUAUUGUAUAUGUUCAUUGUUCACUAAUAAAAUAGAUCAUGAAAAUAAAU